CUGCUCCAGUCCGCGACAAAGCAUCACGAAUAUGCAACGGCUGUUGGAAGUCUAGAUAGGUGCUACACAGAGGAAAUGUUGCUGGAAAUGAUCUAAUUCGUCAGCAUUCUUUCUCUGCGGCAAACUGCGGUUGAUUUUAUAUCCCAUAUCGACAUGGAUGCAUACAUGUUCGUCGGUACUUUGUGCGCAUACAGUGGCAGUGUCGUGUUAGGGACCGCGCGUUGCGCGUAGGCUGCUACACACACUUAACGCUUGCGCUUGGACUAUCCACCAGUUGUACGGGCGAUCGUAAACAGGAGUGGUGGGUGUGGUAUAAUAUGAGAAAAGGAAGAAAGCGAAUAUGACCCGCCGUUAAGCGAACUGGUUGGACGGCUUUGCGUUUACACAAAGCUGCGGGCUAGCUGCUAUUGUCUCCAGGGUCCCGUAAUAAACUUCGGCCAAUAUCGCUGCGGGACUGCAGUGCGUUGCUGCUGAAGAGCUCCAGUGGCGGAAGGUUCCGGUACGGUAUGGACGUGAAGAGUCUGAAGGAGUCCCUGUGCUGGCUGUACUACCAGUACCUGCUGGUGACGGGCGUGUACGUGCUGGAGCCCUGGGAGCAGGCCAUCUUCAACAGCAUCUUCUUCACCAUGGUCGCCAUGGUGAUCUACACCUCCUACGUCUUCGUGCCCAUCCACCUGCGGCUGGCGCUCCAGUUCUUCUCCGGCCUCUGUGGGGGCCAGGAGGAGAGCACUGUGGCAGUCAUAAACUAGAGCUACAGCCCCAUCGACACAGUGCCACCGCCCCCACACCCACACAGUGGCCAUCUGCAUCAACAACCGAUCAGCUUGAACAGCUUCAAAAGAAGAAAGAAAAGAAGAAACGGGGGAACUUCCGUGGACGUUAACAACCAAUCGCGUCAG